UCUGCUAAAUUAAAAGAAUUAUGUAUCAGUUUCAAAGAUAUUACAAGGAUUACAGCUACCAUGAUAAAAUAGGAGAAUAAAUUUAACUCUUUAUAAAUCAGGUUAAAAUAUCAAUACUUGGCAACAAUGUGAGAGCUAGGUAGUUGAGAGGGGGAAGGAAAAAAUGUAGGGGAAUGUCUAAUUGCUUGUUUACAAUGGCAUAACAACAGGUAGAUUUUCGUUUUUAUGUUCCUGAGAUUUCUGUGAUUAAUGAAUUACAUCGAAAAUUGAUACGUGUACAGAUCGUAAAUUCAGAAAUACUUCGCUCGACUGAAAUCUCGGUUUUUUCAUCUUUGAAUCUUUUAUCGCAAUAGCAGUGGUUUCUUUCGUUACAUGUGUAUUCCUGUUCAUGUGUCUCGGAAGUUUUGAAGCAAGUGCCUUAAUACACUACAACAUUAUUUAGGACCAUCAAAGCUGCCUCUCCAUUUAAUCUGUCUCUAGACCUUCUGUGCAAAAUGGACGAAGAGGACACAAACGGGAGUUCGGGCGGCGGAGGCGGGGAGAGGUCCCUUUCUUCGACUUUCAACAGUCUUUUCUCGUUCACAAGUCCCGCGGUGAAGAAGCUACUCGGCUGGAAGCAGGGAGACGAGGAGGAGAAAUAUGCAGAAAAAGCAAUCGACGCACUUGUCAAGAAGCUCAAGAAAAACAAGGGUGCCAUCGAGGAGCUCGAAAGAGCGCUCAGUUGUCCCGGGCAACCCAGCAAAUGCGUCACCAUACCUCGCAGUCUCGAUGGAAGGCUACAGGUAUCCCAUCGAAAAGGAUUACCACAUGUCAUUUACUGCAGAGUCUGGCGAUGGCCUGAUCUGCAGACACAUCAUGAGCUUCGUCCAAUGGAACAUUGUCAGUACCCAUUUUCAGCUAAACAGAAGGACGUCUGUAUCAAUCCAUAUCAUUACAGACGUGUUGAAAGUCCUGUCUUGCCACCCGUCCUCGUGCCACGCCUGAGCGAAUUUCCACCUGGUCACUCUCUGCUCUCUUACCAACAGACUUCAGAGCCAAUGCCACAUAAUGUAUGUUACAGAGGCAAUGGCAGUGGUUUCAGUCAGCCAGUAUCGCCUCAAAAUUCUGUAAAUUCCAAUCCUCGGAGUCCGUUUGAAACAAAUGGUGCCUCAGAAUCCCCUCCUGGCUAUUCGUUCAGUCCAGACAGUGAUGAGGGCUCAAAUAUAUCUUCUUUUACCAAUAAUCCAUCAUCAAUGGAUACUUCGACAGAUGUUGCCUCUGUGCCUUAUCAGGAGCCUGUAUACUGGGCAAGUAUUGCCUACUAUGAGCUGAACAGUCGAGUCGGUGAAGUUUUCCACUGUCAAGAUUACUCAAUCAAAGUGGAUGGAUUCACAAAUCCAAACAACAAUCAUAAUCGAUUUUGUCUCGGUCAGCUCUCGAACGUCAAUCGCAAUUCCACCAUCGAAAACACACGAAGGCACAUCGGAAAAGGAGUCCAUUUGUACUACACAGGAAGUGAGGUUUAUGCAGAAUGCUUGUCAGACUCUGCUAUCUUUAUUCAGUCUCGUAACUGUAAUCACCACCAUGGGUUUCAUCCGUCCACAGUCUGUAAGAUCCCGCCCAACUGCUCUCUCAAAAUCUUCAAUAAUCAAGAAUUCGCCCAGCUUUUGUCACAGUCUGUAACUCAUAGUUUUGAAGCUGUUUAUGAACUCACAAAAAUGUGUACAAUCAGGAUGUCUUUCGUAAAAGGAUGGGGAGCAGAGUAUCAUCGCCAAGACGUUACGUCCACUCCUUGCUGGAUCGAAAUCCAUCUGCAUGGUCCGCUUCAGUGGCUCGACAAAGUUCUCACCCAAAUGGGCUCGCCACAUAAUGCUAUAUCUUCUAUUUCGUGAAUAUGUAUCCAUAUGUUUGCAUGAUGACAUGCCAAUUUUUCCUAUGUUAUUUCGUUCCCUUCCUUAGUUCUUAGUGUACAGUAUUCAUUGUGAUAUCAAGUGACUUUUUUUUUAAAGAAAAACUGUGGAAGUGAAGUGUCUUCCAUCUAUAUUUAAGUCAUAUACUGAAUCGAUUAUUUUAUCCAAUAUUUCUUGAUCGUCUUCCCAAAAUUCUCAUCUAUGAGGAUAUUUUUUUUUUCAACUGUGUAUGUUAUCCAUUCCUGGAAUAAAUGGGAGUAAUGUGCUUUAAUGACGGUACUGUUUGUAGGUCUAGAAGAUUCCUGACUAUGUCACAUUGAUUAGUUCUUAUUUCUAGCAAAUUUUUAUUGUCCCAGAAUUUUAACAACACACCACGCUUUGAGCAAGAUUUAAAUUUUCAACAUGCCGUGAGACUUAAUCGAUCAAAAAGUCCAAACUAAUCAAAGCAAUUUAUUUUCAGCUUAUCAUUUCAACCUCCUGUAGAACCACUCUAAACUAACUGAUUUUGCAUAUGACCAACUAUGUAAUGAUCUCUGAAAGUCUAUUUUAGCUUAGUAUGAAGUACCUCACCUUUGAUCUCAAAGGCAGGAAUUCAUUUUGUUCAUUUUACAGAGAACAAAUGCCCUUUUCAUUUCCUUAAUCAUCCAUUAUACAUUCAUUAAUCAGUAUGAAUCACAAGGAAUUUUUAGCAUGAUAUCCUCAGAAUGGUUACCUUGAUUUUGAUUGCAUGUCAGAGUAUGUGACAUGUAUUUUAAUAAAGGGCAAUGCUCUCACCAAACCCUGUCAUUAAUAUUUUUAGAUAAGAUCUGCUUUUUUAUUGACGCCUUAAAUUUAAAGUAAGUUUGUGUGCUUCAAUAGUUUUUCUAUUUGUAUUUAAGAACUGAAUAAUUGUAUAACUUAAAUGUUUAAAAAAAUCGAAUCAUUAGUAUGGAUUGGUCCAUAAAUUAACUAUCACUGAAGGAAGUAAGAGGUGUCUUUACUAUAUAUGUGUAUAUAAAUAGGCUCCUUGUAAGUAGAGAACCCCUUGUUGAAGGUCUGAGAUUGAGACUUCCUUGAUAUUUUUUUUUUAUUGAAAGCUACACAAUUACGCUAAUUCUAGUUGUGUUACUUGUGGCAGCAUCAAAUUUUUUCACAAAUAUCAAUCUUUAAUUUUAAACAAACAGAGGGUAGAGGCCUUGUUAUGAUUUCCAUUUAAGCAUUCAUAAGGAACCUAUAGCCAUGAUCGAUGUAUAUUUUCUGUCUGUGAUUUUGUGCCUACUUUAUUUUAUACUUUUAAUACAUUCUUUUUUAUACAAACUUCA